AUGCUUCGAUCAUUAGCGACGCGCCUCCCGCGGCGCGCGGCCGCCACGACUUCUCGCCUUGCAACGACGCUCCGCCCCUCUACCGUCCCCUCGUCCCGCCGUGCGCUCGCGACAACCAUCGACGCCAUCCCCAAAGAGCCGACAGAACUCGACGCCAUCACGACGCUCCCCAACGGCCUGCGCGUUGCCUCGGAAGCGCUGCCGGGGUCCUUUUCCGGCGUCGGCGUGUACGUCGAUGCCGGCUCCCGGUACGAGGACGCGGGCCUGCGAGGAGUUAGUCACAUCAUGGACCGGUUGGCCUUCAAGUCGACGGGGAGCCGCAGCGCCGACUCGAUGCUCGAGCAGGUCGAGGCGCUCGGCGGCAACAUCCAGUGCGCCAGCUCCCGGGAGAGCAUGAUGUACCAGGCGGCAACGUUCAACGGCGCCGUGCCGACGACGAUUGGGCUCCUGGCCGAGACGAUCCGUGACCCGAAGCUCACCGAGGAGGAGGUCUUGGAGCAGCUCGGCACGGCCGAGUACGAGAUCAAGGAGAUUUGGAGCAAGCCGGAGCUCAUCCUGCCGGAGCUCGUGCACACGGCCGCCUUCAAGGACAACACCCUGGGCAACCCCCUGCUCAUCUCGAGGGCGACCAUCCAGCGAUACCGGGACCUGUUCUACCGUCCGGAGCGUAUCGUUGUCGCCUUUGCGGGCGUCGAGCACAGCGAGGCCGUGAAGCUUGCGGAGCAGUACUUUGGCGACAUGAAGGGCUCCUACCAGGAGCCGACGCUCCCGAGGACGGGAUCGGAGACGUCCCUCGGCUCCCAGGGGUCCGAGUCCACCGACGCAUCAUCCUCCGCAUCCUCCGCCUCCCCCGUCCAGCAGCCGUCUAAGCUCCUCUCCAAAGUCCCCUUCUUCAAGAACCUCUCCACCUCGGCGCCCAACAGCGCCUCCGUCCUCUCCGCGUCGUCGCUGUCUCACAACAUCAACGCCCCCGCCCACUACACCGGCGGCUUCCUCUCCCUGCCCCCUCAGCCGCCGUCUCUGAACCCCAACCUGCCGACCUUCACCCACAUCCACCUCGCCUUCGAGGGCCUCCCCAUCUCCUCGGAAGACAUCUACGCCCUCGCGACGCUGCAGACCCUGCUCGGCGGCGGCGGCUCCUUCUCCGCCGGCGGCCCCGGCAAGGGCAUGUACUCGCGCCUGUACACCAACGUCCUCAACCAGCACGGCUGGGUCGAGUCGUGCGUGGCCUUUAACCACUCGUACACUGACUCGGGCCUCUUUGGCAUCUCGGCGAGCUGCAUCCCCGGCCGCACGGCCAGCAUGCUCGACGUCAUGUGCCGCGAGCUGCGCGCCCUCACACUCGACACGGGCUUCUCGGCCCUCAAGGCGGGCGAGGUCAACCGCGCCAAGAACCAGCUCCGCUCCUCGCUGCUCAUGAACCUCGAAAGCCGCAUGGUCGAGCUCGAGGACCUCGGCCGCCAGGUCCAGGUCCACGGCCGCAAGAUCCCCGUCACCGACAUGUGCCACAAGAUCGAGGCGCUGACCGUCGAGGACCUGCGCCGCGUCGCGCGCAUCGUCGCCGGCGGCCUCGUCGAGAACCCGGGCCGCGGCAGCGGCGCGCCCACCGUCGUCCUGCAGGAGGCCCAGGCCCACGGCGUCAGCACGCACACCCUCGAGUGGGAGGCCGUCCAGAACACGAUUUACGACUGGCAGCUGGGCCGGAGGUGA